CCGCCUCUGUUAGAAUCGCUAUGCACGUUCGGUGAAUACAGUAUCGAAGUGGUAUACAUUUGUACCCUUUGACGAUGGUUGAGUAUCAAUAUUCAGCCCUUCAUGAUGAGGAUAACAACGGUUCUAGGUAAUGAUCACCACCGUAUCUACUCCUCGAAGGAUCUCCAUCCCAAACCCCGAUGGCUUAUCCCACUACCAUUCCUUCGUCUCCACCCCCGCGUUACCAUUCUUCCAAAGAGGAGUAGUCCGAAGUAGUCCGUUGUAACCUAAAUACACCUACAAGUACUGCCUAUCUCGAAGAUGAUACAUCUGAAUACAUGCACCAUAUCAUCACAGUCAACUAGAAACAAAAUAGGGAGAACACACAGAUAAAAGUAUUCAUACGACUUCAAGUCAUUGCCAUUAAGAUGUCCGACCCAUUCGUGCGUCCAUACGACCCGGCAAAGGACUUCGAAGCGUGCAUCCUCAUAUUCAACACCACCAUCGACAAAACCCUCGACUUCGAGCCCGCCCGCACCAUCGGCUCCCACAUCUGGUGCAGACCCUAUCUGCUCCUCUCCCCGCGCUCCUGCUUCGUCCUCGACGACGGCAACGGGCUCGCAGUAGGCUACAUAAUCGGGACCCCGGACACCCUCGCCUUCGCCGCGAAAUGGAAAUCCGACUUCCUGCCCACCGUCGACGCCAACUCCUUCACGCACGAUGGCCCUCCACUGACCCCAGAAAAGUCAGCCCUCGUAGAUGGCUUGAAGCACUCUCUCUACGAAGCGGAAUGCAGCGACAUCAUCGCUCGCCCCGACAUCCUCGCGGGGUAUCCGGCUCACCUACACAUCGACAUUGAGCCCGCGUUCCAGGGACGGGGGUUCGGCGCCCUCCUUGUGGCGAGGUUCCUGAAGGGCCUGAGGGAGGAGGGGGCUGCGGGUGUGCAUUUGGGCAUGGUGAGGUGGAAUGAGGGCGCGAAGAGGUUUUACGAGAGGUUGGGGUUUGCGACGUGUAAGGAGGUGUUGGAUGGGGGAGUUAGUGGGGAGACGGGGAGGAAGGGGGAUGCGGUUUGUUUGGUUUUGAGGGUCUAG